UACCCCUGUUUGUUCUUUAAUGCCGAUCACCAUUCUAUGACGUUCCUGGAAUUUAAUAUAGAGAGACAGUCUGGUAACCUGAUAAAUGUACAAACAGGGACUGUGCUGGAAAGGAGGGUCAUGAAGAGAAAUCUGCUUGAUGCCCUCACCAGAAACAGGGUCCCUAUCAAUGAAAACUUUGACAGUCUACCAAGAGAUCAGAAGCUGGAAAGACUUUUCCAUGUGUUGGGUGUGGAACAUGGAUACGACCCUGACCCGACCUAUGAACUUACAACUGACAAUGUCAAGAAGAUAAUUGCCAUCUAUUUGCGCCUUAGAUGUGACAUCCCUGUGAUUAUCAUGGGAGAGACAGGCUGUGGAAAGACCCGUCUUAUCAAAUUUAUGUGUCAGCUUCAGUGUCCUAUUGGAAUGGAAGUCCAGAAUAUGAUUCUGAUGAAGGUUCAUGGAGGCACUCGCAGAACUGACAUCAUCAGGAAAGUGCUGGAGGCUGAGAAAAUAGCUCAGGAGAACACGGCUAAUUAUGGACAGAGACUUUAUACUGUGUUGUUCUUUGAUGAAGCCAACACUACAGAGGCUAUAGGUCUAAUCAAGGAGAUCAUGUGUGACCGGUCAAUGGAGGGGGAACCACUCAAACUCUGUCAGACCCUGAAAAUUGUGGCUGCUUGUAACCCCUGCAGAAAGUAUGUGUUUUUUUAUGUUUAA